AUGCUUGAGACGACAUCUGAGAUUUUCACAACUUCUGAACCAAAUACCACUCAAGAAGCAUUACCUGAGACAACAACCUCUGAGUCUGAAUCAACUUAUGGGUUAACGACAGGUCAGGAACAAACAACAGAACCUGAAACAACUGCUAUAUCAACUACGACACUGCCACCAGCAACAUUGCUUCAGACAACAUCUGAGAUUUUUACAACUUCUGUACCAAGUAACACUCAACAGACAUUACCAGAGACAACUUCAGAAUUCUUGAUUAGUUCUACAUCUCAGUCACAAACAACAUUACAGGAGACAACCUCUGAGUUUGAAUCAAGCUCAGUGUUAACGACAGGUCAGGCACCAACGACAGAACCUGAGACAACUGAUGUACCUUCUACACCACUGUCACCAACAACACUGCUUGAGACGACAUCUGAGAUUUUCACAACUUCUGAACCAAAUACCACUCAAGAAACAUUACCUGACACAACUUCUGAAUUCCUGAUAAGUACUGCAUCUCAGUCACAAACAACAUUACAGGAGACAACGUCUGAUGUUGAUUCAACUUCUGGGUUAACGACAGGUCAGGCACCAACUACGAUACUGUCACCAACAACAAUACUUGAGAUGACAUCUGAGAUUUUCACAACUUCUGAACCAAAUACCACUCAAGAAACAUUACCUGAGACAACUUCUGAAUUCCUGACAAGUACUGCAUCUCAUUCACAAACAACAUUACAGGAGACAACCUCUGAGUCUGAAUCAAAUUCUGGGUUAACGACAGGUCAGGCACCAAUAACAGUGCCUGAAACAACUGCUGUAACUACUACCACACAAUCACCAGCAACAUUGCUUGAAAAAACAUCUGAGAUUUUCCCAACUUCUGUACCAACUACCACUCAAGAAGCAUUACCUGAGACAACGUCUGAAUUCCUGACAAAUACUACAUCUCAGUCACAAACAACAAUACAGGAGACAACGUCUGAUGUUGAUUCAACUUCUGGGUCAACAACAGGUCAGGCACCAACGACAGAACCUGAGACAACUGAUGUACCUUCUACCACACUGUCACCAACAACACUGCUUGAGACAAAAUCUGAGACUCUCACAGCUUCUGAACCAAAUACCACUCAAGAAACAUUUCCUGAGACAACUUCUGAAUUCCUGAUAAGUACUGCAUCUCAGUCACAAACAACAUUACAGGAGACAACGUCUGAGUUUGAAUCAAGCUCAGUGUUAACGACAGGUCAGGCACCAACGACAGAACCUGAGACAACUGAUGUCAGGCACCAACAACAGUACCUGAAACAACUGCUGUAA